UGGCCAUUAAUCAGGUGGGCCCCACAAUCCAUAUGCUCUGACCUAAAUAUCACGCCAUUCUUCUCAUCAGAUGAGGAAAUCAUAAAAAUGGAAAAGAUGGAGGGCGGAGAAAACUGACCAUCAGUUCGUAUCUAACGUACAAUUAUCACCCAUCAAAUGUGCAGACCGACAGUUCUCCAGGAAGAGGGACCGCAAGAUGAACGGCGAUGAUCUCGCCACGAUCAUGGCAUGGGUGCAUAGGAUAUAAUCACACUCCCGCGAGUAGCCUUCCGAGAUAGCCCUUUCUUUAUUUAUAGAUAUGUGCUGGAAUGGAGGGCCUCUUGAUUUCUCGGCACUUGGGUCUUUCUUCCUGCACUCGCUGCAAUUCAAGGGGUGGAGUCCAAGAAGGUUUAGUUGAAUUACGACCGUUCGAUCAAAGAUGGGACAAGAUAAGGAGAACCCAUAUGAGAUUAGCAGCAGUCCUGACUCGAACAAGAAGAGGAAGUUGCAAGAGGGGCAGCUGGGCUUGCCGUCGCCAAAGCACAAAUUCCGUGAUCGAUCAUGUGGAUCCCAUGACAAUUCUCCAAUCACAGGACAAAUGAAGGACAACUUGCAUGCAUGUACAAAUGAAGGCAAAACGGACAGCGAGGAUUAUGGUGGAUUGGAGCAGUGCGAGUCGGUCCGAGACAGUAAUAACUACACCGGAUCCUCCGAUACGGCCAUGUCCAUAGAUAAUACUGAAGCUACAGAGAAAUAUGAAAGGAGGCCCACAAAAAGCCAUCCCCACGACUGGCCUUCCACUUCUUCUGGUAGUUGUAGCAUCAACAGUGACGGGAAUAGCCUCUAUGAUCCGACCAGCGGGACCAUGGACAAAGCCAACACUAGAGGACUGAUGCAUGGUGGAGAAGAUCUUGACCAUACGAAUUCGAAGGCCGUGACAUUGGAAGACCAUCUUGCUGGAUUUGGCACGAAUUAUGCUGACUUCAUUUGCGAGGAGAAUGAAAAUGACCGCAAUGAGCAACCUCUGGAUGCUGCAGCGGAUGAGAUGAUGAUUUAUUCAAAUGGUGUGGCGCAGAAUCUGUAUGCACUUUCUUCCGGGAGGUGGAGCAUCAACCAAGAUGCUCGACUUGGCGCCAGAAAACCAACCAUCGAUCAGGAAUUUGAGCAGUAUUUUUCAAUGCUAAUGCUUUAGCAAUGAUCAGAAAAAUAUCCACAACUAAGGAUGUUGUUAUCUUUUCGGUAAAAACUCAUAUGUUGUUGGAAUGUUGUUGUUGAUUGUAUAUAUAUCUGACUGAUUAUUCCCA